CGCCAACAACUCAAACACUUUCACCCAUCCUUAUACAAGUAACAAAAUGUUUUAUAAUAUGCUCAGGACCUUAUUCAAAAAUGUCGUUGACUCAUUAUUGGUUUGUGGCUUGGGAGGAGAGUUUACGUGUACUGCAUGUCACGGACAUGCGUCCAUUGGGUGAUAUCGCUCCCGGUCAGUCAGAAGGCACACGAGAUAUCUCAUGGAUCUGGAAGGCAUCUGGUGCCUUGCACAACGACGAUGCUGGCCUUCAAGACUGCCUACACAUUGAGUGGUGCAAAGCGCGAGCGCGCGCAGCAUGCUGGUCAGCGGAAGUCUUGUUGUUGCUUCUUGAAGAAAUGCGGAGAGUGAUCGAGUUUUUCUGGUGGCAGUCACGCUGGUGGAAAGAACGAGGAGCUGCAGUUGUUCGGCCUAUCAUCAGGAGGGAGCUCUCGCCUAUGCAGAACGACAGGCGUGCCUAAGGUUGGCGAUGCGGCUAACCACUGUGGAUCGACGUUCCAAAAAUAGUAGCAUCUCAACUUCUUCUAGGCGACUAUGACGGCGAUGACGAUGAUGACAUAGCUACUGAUGUAUAUAUUGAUGGCUCUCCGCCGGAUGAAAUCGAGAACUGAUUCUGGU